UUAUAAACCUACAUCUCCCUCUAUUCGCCCUCCACAUUUUCGCAGCCGCCUCCAGGAUUUGUUGUCUUUGCGGAAGUAAUCAACUCAUUCAUCAAGAUGCAGAACGAAGAGGGUCAAAUCACUGAGCUCUACAUUCCCAGGAAAUGCUCAGCAACUAACAGGCUGAUCACCUCGAAGGAUCAUGCAUCUGUUCAGAUCAACAUCGGGCAUCUUGAUGAGAAUGGCAUCUAUACUGGCCAGUUCUCCACUUUUGCUCUUUGUGGUUACGUCCGUGCUCAGGGAGAUGCUGACAGUGGUCUUGACCGACUCUGGCAGAAGAAGAAAGCAGAAGUGAAACAACAGUAGAAGAAGCAAGCUGAACUUGAGCUGAUUUUUCUAGUAUUUUGAGUUUAUGUUUUAGAGUAUGGAAGUGAACCAAUAUAUGGUGUUUUGUAUUUGUUUUUGAUGACGGUUGCAACUAGUUGGCAUCAUUUUGCUAUUGACUUCUGAAGUAUCUAGUUAUGCAAGCUUAAGUUUCCCAGA